AUGCCCCUUGUGCACCUGGCCGAUGGGCCGCUCUCGGCGGCCGGCCCCUCGACAGAGAUAAAGCUUGACGAUCUCGACGAGGUCGACGGCUUCUGUCGGGGCGAGAGUGAAGUCGAGAUCCACAAGCUCGAGCAGCGCCAAGAGAAAAUGGACCCGUCACACUUCGAAUUGCUGAAAGUGCUUGGCCAAGGCUCCUUCGGAAAAGUUUUUCUCGUCAAAAAGAGGACGGGCAGGGAUGCAAAGAAGAUCUACGCGAUGAAGGUGCUCAAGAAAGCAUCGCUCAAAAUACGAGAUAGAGAGCGAACGAAAUUAGAGAGAAAUAUCUUAGCAGAAGUCCGCCACCCAUUCAUUGUCGAGCUAUAUUACGCCAUGCAGACGGAUGGAAAGCUUUACCUUGUUUUGGAGUUCGUCAAGGGAGGCGAUCUUUUCACCAAGCUAUCCAGGGAUUAUAUGUUCUCAGAACAAGACGCGCAGUUCUACCUUGCUGAGCUGGCCUCCGCUCUAUCCCACUUGCAUUCUCUUGGCAUUAUCUAUCGCGAUUUGAAGCCCGAAAACAUCCUUCUAGCGGGCGAUGGGCACGUCAAGCUCACCGACUUUGGCUUAUCGAAGGAAUACUUUGAGGACGCAGAAAAGGCUGAAAGUUUCUGCGGAACAGUCGAAUACAUGGCACCGGAAGUUGUCAGCCGAAAAGGGCAUGAUCAUGUCUGCGAUUGGUGGUCCUACGCGGUCCUCAUGUAUGAAAUGCUAACAGGAAAGCUUCCGUUCCAGGGAAGAGACCGACGAGAGACCAUGAAUCAGAUCUUGAAAGCAAAGUUGUCUAUGCCUAAUUUCUUGAAGCCAGACUCACAGCUAUUACUACGCGAUCUAUUCAAACGAAACCCCAAGAACCGACUUGGAUCUGGCCCUGAUGGUCCUGAGAGACUCAAGCGCCAUGUAUUCUUCAAGGGAAUCGACUGGAAUGCCCUUAUUCGAAAAGAUGUGAAGCCACCAUUUGUCCCGAUUCUUUCCGGUGGGGAUAGGGAUGAAACUGACACGCAUUGGUUCGAUAACGAGUUUACGCGCAGGACACCAAGAGACUCUCCCGCAGUUCCAGCGUCUGCUGGUGCCAACAGACUCUUCCGGGGUUUCAGCUUCAACCGAGGCACAGGCGUAGCUAGCCACAACGAUGAGCCAGAGGUGCAAAUGGAAUCAAAGUUCCGCAACGAAGUUCCAGACGGUUUUUUCCUAACAAACGUGCCCUACGAUGGACACCAGGACAAAACAUUCCAUACACAAUUUGAAAUGCUGGACUCGAUCGGAAAAGGAAGCGCAUCGGAGGUCUUCAAGUGCCAGCAUAAGCAAACAAAGAAGCUUUAUGCUGUCAAAGUGUCGAAGAAAGUUUCCUCUGGGCUGCAAAACGAAGGAAUGCGCGACGAUGAGAUUCAAAUUCUCCUUCGGUUUGGACAACAUCCAAAUAUCAUUACUGUGAAGGAUAUUUUCAUCGAAAAAGAGACAAAGGACACGUUCACUGUGUAUCUCGUCACGGAAUUGAUGACUGGUGGCGAGCUGUUCCACAAAAUCCUUCGCCAGAAGCAGUUUUCAGAAAGAGAGGCAUCCGCUGUAAUGAAAACGAUCACUCAAACGCUUGCGUACUUGCAUAAAUCGCAUAUUGCUCACAGAGAUCUCAAGCCCUCAAACAUUUUGUAUGCGGAUGAAAGUGGCGACGCAAGCACAGUACGAAUCGUCGAUUUUGGAUUCGCCAAACAGUUGCGUCAUGAAAAUGGCAUGCUCAUGACUCCACAUUUUACGAAGAACUUCGUCGCACCUGAAGUGCUAUCCAAAAACAGCUAUGAUGUCUCGUGCGACAUCUGGUCCCUUGGGUGUAUAAUGUACACUAUGCUCGGCGGCAUACCCCCGUAUGAUAUUAACGAGGGCGACUCGGAAGAAGCCGUCUUGAAGAAACUAUCCGAAAGCGACCUGCGACUGUCAGGCGGAAACUGGAAUCAUAUUUCCGCGUCUGCCAAGGAUCUCAUCCAGCAAAUGCUCUCGCUUGACGUCAAACAGAGACCAAGUGCAGAACAAGUACUGGAGCACGAGUGGAUCCGAAACGGGCACAACCUCUCUAACUCGAACAUUCUCACUGCUCUUGCGGACCCACUUUCCGCGAACAGGUUGAUUGGCCAGUCCAUUGGAAUCAUCUCCCAGGCCAGAGGGGACAAAGCAAACUUGUCCCUAAAAACACCAGCUGCAUCCGGGCUCUUCCUCCGACGAAAAAAGAAGGAGAGAGGCUAA